AUGUUCCGACGCCGCACCCAACGCCUUCUAGAUUCUCUCAAGGAUCUACGGUACACAACCAAGACUCAAUGGGGUCAACAAUUCGUUCAACUGCAACUGGAGUCACCCAACCUUGACCUCAACGAAGACGAUGCCUUUUCUUUGUUAGGAGGUAUACCUACUCAAGGCGGCCCUCACGACAAGCAUCUUCGGAUCGCGAUCCUGGUGGGGAUGCGGUCAGGGACAGAAGGAUACUGCAUACAGGAUGACUCUUCGGUCACUGAGAUUGCCUGUAAACUUGCCAUGUUCCUGCAGGAGGACCAGCAAGUCCUGCGAGAUGCUCCCUUACCCUCUUAUGCUAGCUCAUUUACAUCUGUGGCAUCAGAUGAAACACUGGUCGAGGGUACGGACGACAUUUAUGUCUCAUAG